UCACGGGUUCCCACAAUGCACCUGGAGGCUGCUAAGAUGGCGGCGCCUGUGGUGUGGGGCAGCCCGCUUUUGACCCUCUUCAAGAGACCAAGAUCCUUCCUUUCGGCCGCCGGGAAGGCUGCAGUUCGAGUCCGGAGCCGGUGUAAGAGUGGCAGGACUGUCUUGCAGCUUCAUCGGCGAGGCAUCUUUAAAGACAUCUUCCCAGAGGGCGGCGACCUGCCCCAGCUCCUCGAAUCCGGGCCCCAGACCUUGUACUGCGGCUUUGAUCCCACUGCCGACAGCCUGCAUGUUGGUAACCUGCUGGCUGUCAUCGGCCUGCUGCACUUUCAGCGGGCUGGCCACCGCAUCCUGGUGCUACUGGGAGGAGCCACAGCUCGGCUGGGUGACCCGAGCGGCCGGAUCAGCGAGCGGGAGGCCGUGAGUGCGGACACGGUGCAGAAGAACGCCCGGGGCAUCCAGGAGGGGAUCCUCAGCGUCUUCCAUAACCACCGUUUUUGCUUCUGCAGUGAUGCCGAAGCCGCCAAUUUGGGGCCGCUCAGUAUUCUCGAUAACUGGUCUUGGUAUAAGGAGAAAGAGAUAGUUAGCUUCCUGGAUACAGUGGGUCGACACUUUCGGAUGAGCACCAUGUUGAGCAGACACAGCGUACAGUCCCGACUCAAGAGCCCAGAGGGCAUGAGUUUGACUGAGUUCACUUAUCAGAUGUUUCAGGCAUACGACUUUUAUUAUUUAAAUCAACAUCACAAUUGCAGAAUCCAACUGGGAGGGACAGAUCAACUGGGUAACAUGAUGUCUGGAUACGAAUUUAUACACAAGGUGACUGGACAAGACGUUUAUAGCAUCAUGGUACCACUUGUAACCAGUUCAUCAGGAGACAAGCUGGGAAAAACUGCAGGAAAUGCAAUAUGGUUGAACCGAAACAAGACUUCACCCUUUGAGUUCUACCAGUACUUUGUCAGGCAACCAGAUUCAAAUAUAGAAAGGUAUCUAAAACUUUUUACCUUCAUCCCACUUCCUGAGAUUGAAAGCAUCAUGGACAUCCACAGAAAAGAUCCAGGAAAGCGACAUGCCCAGAAACGACUAGCUGCAGAAGUGACCAAAUUGGUUCAUGGUAAAGAAGGACUAGCGACUGCCAAAAGAUGUACAAGUGCACUCUACCAUAGUAGUAUGGAUGCCCUAGAGACUAUGUCAGAUGAAGAACUGCAAGAAUUGUUUAAAGAGGCACCGUUCUCUGAGAAUCUCCUUGAGCCAGGCACAACAGUGCUGGACCUUUGUCGUAAAGCUAGUGCUAUUCCAGAUGGCCCAAGAGGGUACCAGAUGAUCACGGAUGGUGGAAUUUGGAUUAAUCACAUACGAGUGACAAAACCAGAACAAGUGCUAAUUUUGGGACAGCAUAUUCUGACAAAUGGGCUAUCAUUGCUUAGAGUUGGAAAGAAGAAUUAUCACAUAGUCAAAUGGCUCAAUUUGGCAGAAUAGUUACUGCAGUUUGUGGAUGUGAUUUUGUUGUGAUAAUGAAUCUGUAUUUCAGGCUUAAUUUAAAAACAUCACUUUGAGGCAUCAGUUUAAUUGGGGGAAUCUGGAGUCACUGGGAGUUCUAAUCAUGUCAUUGUAAAGGUUUAACACAGAGGUGCUUCCAUUAACCCGAGCAAUGGACUUCUAGAGCUAACAUUGGAAAAGCUUUCAAAUUGUAAUUUUUUUUUAAUAUUUAUUGUGUAAGUGUUGAAGAUUUUGAAUGAGUCACUUUUCAUUAACAGUACGUCUUUUCUGAAGAGGGACGACUGUUAACCAUUCCUCUUGGUCAACCAAUUAUAUUAGUUGGAUCAGUAUGAAGAAUUGGUACUUCUACUGCAUCAUUCUUUUUAUUUAAAUGGAAAUGGGAAAACAAAAGAGGCUCAAUACAUAGAAUUGAUCCCAUUUAGGAUAACAUUUUGUAAGUUAGAAUCUCUUAUUGAUAGUAAUUGAACUCUUUCACCCAAUUGUAAUAUAACUGGGACAGAAUUGCACUCUCUGAAUGGAUGUUCUCUCAAACUCAGGAUUUCUGGAAUCCUGUUUCAAAUUUACUUGCUGCCAUCUGUUUAUGGAGCCACCGUGCUAUAUGUAGACUUUUAUGCUCACUCAGUGAAAAAGGCCACAAAUGGCUACUGUGAUCAGGUGACUAAUUAUUACAUAAGGCUAUUUUUAUAAAUAUGUACAUAAUGUAUGGAAAAGCUUCACAGUAGAAAAACAGGAAAUGAAUUUAAAAACGU